CUUCUUUACAAAGAAAAAUAACAUACUAAAAAAAAUCGAUCAAAACAAACCAAAUUUUCUAUUCAAAUUCACAGAGAAACAUACACAAAUUAUAUAUAUAACUAUCUAAAAAUUGAUGCAAUAAACAUAUAUAUAUAUAUAUAUAUAUAUGUCAAUUAAAAGGAAUUAAAUUAAGAAUCUCUGUUUUUUUUUUUCAGUAAGUAUUAAAAAUGGCGUUGUUUAGGAAAUUGUUUUAUCGGAAACCACCUGAAGGAGUAUUGGAAAUUAGCGAGAGAAUUUACGUAUUUGAUAGAUGCUUCACUACUGAUGUUUGGGAGGAAAAAAAUUACAAAGGUUAUGUAGCUGGUGUAAUUAGCCAACUUAAGGAUCAUUACCCUGACGUGUCAAUUUUGGCUUUCAAUUUUCGGGAAGGUGAGUCACAAAGCCGGAUUGCAAACGAUCUAUCUGAGCAUUAUGUGACCAUAAUGGACUACCCUCGACACUACAAAGGAUGCCCGUUGGUCUCAAUGGAGAUGAUAAACCAUUUCCUUAGAUCCAGUGAAAGUUGGCUUUCCCUUGGGCAGCAAAAUGUGCUCUUAAUGCACUGUGAAUGGGGUGGUUGGCCAGUUUUGGCGUUUAUGUUGGCUGCAUUAUUGAUAUAUAGACGACAUUUCACCGGGGAACAGAAGACCUUAGACAUGAUUUAUAAGCAGGCUCCUCGUGAGCUUUUGUACUUGUUGCAACCACUAAAUCCAAUUCCUUCUCAACUAAGAUAUUUACAGUAUGUAGCAAGGAGGAAUGCGAACAUGCAAUGGCCUCCCAUGGAUAGAGCACUCACUUUGGAUUGCAUCAUUAUUAGGAUGAUACCUAACUUUGAUGGCGAGGGUGGUUGCCGGCCUAUGUUCCGUAUUUAUGGGAAGGGUCCAUUAAUAGUUGCUGAUCAAUCUCCGAAAAAUUUGUUCUCAACACCAAAGAAAAAUAAUGUUGUUCGUCAUUACAAGCAGGCAGAAUGUGAAUUGGUCAAGAUUGAUAUCAAUUGCCAUAUACAAGGUGAUGUUGUCUUGGAAUGUAUCAACUUGCACGAUGACCGGGAAGAAAUGAUGUUUCGGACCAUGUUUAACACAUCUUUUAUUAAGUCAAACAUUCUGAUACUUAACCGUGAUGAAAUUGACACACUGUGGGAUGCUAAGGAUCAAUUUCCAAAAGACUUCAGACUGGAGGUUCUUUUUUUGGAGAUGGAUGCUGCUGCUUCUGUAGUCCCUGUUGAUUUGUCUUCUUUUGAUAAGAAGGAUGGCCUUCCAGUGGAGGCAUUUGCUAAAGUUCAGGAAAUCCUUAACAGUGCCGAUUGGCUAAAUCAAAACGGUGAUGCUCCUGGGAAUGUGCUUCAGCUUGUUGAAACCGAAGGAUCUAGUGCUUCUUCUACAUCAUCGCCGGUGUCACCUCAUGAACGUACAACAGUGGAACAUCCUUCACUUCAUGAAAGAGAAUGUGGUAAGCAGAAAGAAGUUUCCGCUCUACCUGAAAUCAAGACUGGACCGCUCAAGAUGGAUGUUCUCACUUCGCCUUCGUCUUCGCCUCCACCUUUACCUGCAAAUGAUCAAGUUAUUGUCACUGUACCUUCUCCAUCCCAGCCUACAGUAUCUCAGCCUGACACAUCUCCGCUUCCUCUUGAGAUUCCUUCAACUCCAUUUGAGAAUGACAAAAUCGCCAAAAUGGAACCUGUUCUGCCAACUUGCCCUUCUGGAAGUUCUUCUCCAACAAUCCCCAUAUCCAAUAUCAAACAUUUAGAAGAAAAGUUAAUUAAUAAGAGUGGGAUGUUGCCGUCAUCACCACCUCUACCACAUUCAGCCCCUAUAUCGGAGGAGAAUUCUGCUUCUGUUUCCACUCCUCAAACUCCAGCCCCUCCUACACCACCUUUGAAGCAAAAUUUAACUUUCAGCAGUGGGUCAUCACCAUCACCGCCACCGCCACCGCCACCGCCACCACCUCCAGCACCUACUUCUUCUCCAUGCCUGUUACUUACAACCGCUGUGUUGAGCAAGAAUUGUUCCUCAAUAAGUGGACCACCUCCACCUCCACCUUUGAAGGAAAAAUUAGAUUCCAAAGGUGGAAUUCUACCGCCUCCGCCUCCGCCUCCGCCACUUCCUGGGCAGCCCGUGAAGGAGAAUUCUUCUUUAACUGGAGGACCCUGUCCACCUCCACCACCUCCUUUGCCUUCUUCACAGGCUUCUAAGCCUACAGAAUUAUAUUCAGUACCACCAGUACCUCCGCCUCCUCCCUUGGUUUCAUCUCUCAAGGAUAAUAACAAUCUCCCAAAGAGUGUUCCUUCCGUUCCUCCUCCUCCGGUUUCUUUUCCUAAGGUGAAUAAUGUGCCUGCUUCUCCAUCUCCACCCCCUCCUAUUGCUCCUCCACCUAACAAAAAUUACCGACAGCUGUUGUCUAGCACUAUGACUUCAAGAAGCAAUUCAACAAAGAAGCUGAAGCCAUUGCAUUGGUUAAAGAUAAGUAGAGCAGUCCAAGGAACCUUUUGGGCUGAAAUUGAAAAAUGUAGCUAUGCCUCCAAGUCAUCAGUGAUUGAUAUGCCAGAACUUGUACAUCUCUUCUCAGUUCAAAAUUUAGACCAAGUCGGUUCAGGAAGGAAUGGGAAUUCGAGGACCAAAUUUGGACAGAAAACUCAGAAAGUGCAGCUGAUUGAUCAUAGACGGGCAUAUAACUGUGAAAUUAUGCUUUCUAAGGUGAAGAUACCGCUGCAUGACAUGCUGACUUCGGUGCUUGCUUUGGAAGAUUCAGCAUUAGAUAUCGAUCAAGUGGAGAACCUGAUUAAGUUUUGCCCAACGAAGGAGGAAGUGGAAGCGCUCAAGGGUUAUAAAGGAGAAAAAGAGAAGUUGGGUAGAUGCGAACAGUUUAUGUUGGAACUGAUACAAGUCCCACGAAUAGAGUCCAAGCUACGGGUUUUCUCAUAUGUGAUUCAGUUUCAAUCCCAGAUUUCUGACCUAAGGAACAAUCUGAAUAUUGUGAAUUCAGUAACUGAUCAGAUCAGAGGUUCAUCGAAACUGAAAGGGAUCCUACAGACAAUUCUGUAUUUGGGAAAUGCUCUCAACCAGGGAACUGCAAGAGGGUCUGCUGCAGGUUUCAAGUUGGAUAGCCUCCUUAAACUAACUGACACACGUUCAUGGAACAAAAAUAUGACUCUCAUGCAUUAUCUUUGCAAGAUCCUUGCUGACAAAAUGCCUGAACUACUCGAUUUUUCUAAAGAUCUUUCCAGCUUGGAACCCGCAGUGAAGAUUCAACUGAAAUAUUUGGCAGAGGAAAUGCAAGCGAUUAGCAAAGGAAUGGAGAAAGUUGUAAAAGAGCUGUCCAUGUCAGAAAAUGAUGGACUUAUGUCUGAGAAUUUCUGUAAGGCUCUGAAGGAGUUUCUGAGCCCUGCCGAAGGCGAAGUCAGUUCCUUGGCUCAACUUUUUUCUGCUGUGGGCAAAAACGUGGAUUCAUUGAUUAUUUAUUUUGGAGAAGACCCAGCCCGUUGUCCAUUUGAACAAGUUGUCUCGACAUUAAUGAGCUUCCAAAGAAUGUUCAAUCAAGCCUUAGAGGAUAAUCGCAAGCAGCUGGAGUUUGAGAGAAAGAAAGCAGAGAAGGAGAAGCAGAGGACAAGUGCUUCAAAUAAGAAAACUUGAAACUUUGAGCGUUCAGGUAGUGCAAAUCAAUGUAGUUAUAUAUCAGCCCUGGGCUUUGGUUCAACGGUAAAGCUAGUACAACACGAGAUGUGUGGUAGGCAUAUAUCACAAGUUCGAGUCCUGCUGGGGAGCCAAGUCUAGUAUUUAACUUGAGAAGAUUAGAGGGACAGGCCCGUCAGCCAACAAGUCCCAGAGCUGGAGAUAGCGGAUUUCUCAGUUAUUGAAAAGAAAAAUAUAUUCAUAAAUCAUAUCAAUCAGCAUAUGCUCUUGGAAACCGACAUCAUUGAUACGUUUCAAUGGACUGAAGCAAGCUCCGGGAGCUUUUUCACUCAUUUCAGCAUAAGGAAGUUGCUCUAUAUCGUAGUGAAGCUUCACCAUGAUUGAAGAUUUGGGGAGUGAGAUAUCAGUUCUUGAUGAUGAAUGGGUAGAUGAUAGACAUUUUUGUUAGUUUGUCGGCAUUGGUCAGCUAACUUUUGAGGUUGAGUUAGGCCCAAAGUUUAUUUCUUAACAGUUCCAAAGCGAAAGUAUUGGAAAUUGUUCUAUAUAGCAUGUCGCAUGUAUAGCUCCCCCUUCGAUCUUGGGAGUGAGAAGUCAGUUCUAAAUGUGAAAUGGAAAAGUGGACAUUCUUUUUUAUGGAAAAGUUGGCGAUGUAUACUGUACAGUUCUCUAACAGAAUGUCUCGGAAAUUGUCAAGUGGGAUAACUUCUGAGCAGUGGUGGAGGCAGUCAUCUACUAUAUAUACAUAAAUGAAAUUUGACUUUAUCUAUACGAUAUAAUUUUUCCAACGAGGGGGGUUCGGAUGAGCCCAUUCCUCCUAUUUCUGCGCUUGCUUCAGGUGUGUCAAUCGCAUGUCUUUGUAAAUAUAAUUUGCAGUUUAGAUCAUGUUCCUUUUCUAGCAAUCCAUAUUUGUCGGAGUGGCGGAGCUACUUUUGUCCAAGGUAUGUAGCUUCCACAGGUAUCCCUACAUCCAGGGCCAGAAGUGUACGAUGUGUUAAUACUCCAGGAGAAGCAUCGAUCACAAGCUGUGUGGGAUGGUGCCUUGAGAGGACCGACCGGAUGCCUGUUUUCACGCCGCGCGGAUACCGAAUUUUGGAAGCACGAGAGGCGUCAUCCUUUUCAUCCUCGCAUCAUUGACUACUUUGGCCUGUGUGGAUUUAGGGGAGUAGUAGAGGUAGGAUGUGUAUCAUAUAAUUGGGCAGUCAGUACUGCACUUAUAGAGAGAUAGCGUCCUGAGACGCACACCUUUUAUCUGCGUACGGGUGAGGCGACCAUCACAUUAUAAGAUAUUGAGCUCAUGUUUGGCAUGGUUGUUGAUGGUAAUCCCUUGAAUGAUUAAUUCUAGAAAUAUAAGUAUUGUUGGGUGACAACAAUUAAUCCAUGAGUUUACUGGUUGGGCACC